AUGGAUAUUCCUCGCUUGAUCAAUACUAUCGGAUGGGGUGAUAUCUUGCCUAAUCGAAACUUUGGUUUUCGUCCAGAGGCUGUUCGCAUGUUUUACUCCAACAUGAAGCCUUGUCUUCAUAUCACACCUCCUUGCUUCACAACGAUAGUAUACAAUUACCUGAUUACUAUCAAUGUGGAACUGUUAUCAUUACUCCUUGGGAUUCCCAUAGCUGGAGCAGAAGUCAUGAAUGAAUUGGACUUUCAUUCUGUUGAGUUCAAUGAGGGAGAUGCUCUGAGGUUAUACACUCGUGAUACCGGCCGGUAUUAUCCUUCUGAAUUCCACACUGGUAGACUUCCGGAUGAUCUCAAAGUCAUGCAUUUUUACAUCACAAGGUGUUUUCUGCCUAGAUCCUUCGGUCUCAAUACUAUUUAUCCAUCGGAUCUAUGGAUUCUGGCUAGUGCCAAAGAAAACAGGGUGAUUAGUUAUCCCCACCUGAUGUUUGACCACAUGUUGAACUAUCAUGCUGAUAACUUUCAUGCCGAGCUUCCUUUUGCUCCGCAAAUCACUCAGAUCCUACUAGCCUUAGGGCUUGAUCUUCGUUUUAAGGUGGCUCGUGUAGACAUGUUAGGGUCUCUACGUGCUCAGUUUGUUCUGCGCAAGAUGGAUGCCUCUGUGGGGCGUCGUGCUCCGGUGGUCAAUGCUCCAGGGGGAGGAAAUGAAGCUGCUGGAGUUCCUUCUGACUCUGAUGGACUCCAUCUGUCUGAAUUGGAAAGAGAUGAAGCGGAGGAAGAACCAGACAGGGCAGAUAUGGGUAGCCCUCUCAGGGAUAAUGGGAAGCGCCCUAUGAUAGAUCCCUUAGAAUUGGUUCGAGCCAUGCUCAGACAGGAUGAAGCUAGCAGCAGCAGCAGAAACCUGAUGAUGGAAGAUGAAGAGGAAGCAAUAUCAGAUUAUGUGCCAUCACCUAGGUUUUCUUUCUAA